CGUUCGACGUGCCGAGGCAUGAGGAGUGCGGAGAAAAGAAGUGUCGAAAACUUCCAAUGAUGGAUAGUGAGGAGUACUGGAGCAGUUAGAGUGAGAGUGUUGACUCGGCUGACUAGUGUAGAACAAGAAAUUCCUCUUGCUUUCUCUCUCCCCGUGCUUGGAUCUCCUGGCUUUUGAUUGCUUUGUGGACUCUUAAGAUUCGCCAAGGGCAUGGCUCGAGCAUGGGAAGAAGAUAGCGGGCGAAAGCGAGUGACAUAUUUUCAUAGCUCGGAAGAUAAGAAACUACAUUUUGGCUGUCAGAUCUCAAAGGAAAGAUUCUAUAUUUUAUGGAAAGCGGUGACUGAGGAAGUAAACUUUGGGAUUGGAAUGAGAAAGAUGCAGUUCCUUCUGUCCUAUAGAGGGGUGGAUUAUAAACUUGAGCUUUCCUAUGAGAAUAUUUGGCAGAUUGAGCUGCAUCGUCCACACGGUGAAGCUGCAGAGUAUCUUCUGAUUCAGCUAAUUGGUGCUCCUCGAGUAUUUGAGAAAGAUGUACGUACUUAUAAUGAUCAAUGGAUCCGAGCAACAGAUUUCACUCCUUUUGGCUGUAUUGGCCAGUCUUCUAGUAUAUGCUUGCAGCUUCCUUCUCAUGGUUGUCUUCCAAAUUUCAGGGAAAUAUUUGCUUAAUAUAAGGAAAGCAAGAGGAAGUUCUCUUUAGAGGAAGGAAUUCCUUUAUUUAACAAUUUGAAUCUAGUCCCUAUUGUUGCUCCUCCUCAAGGAAUUGACAUACCAUAUGACAUCCUGUUCAAAGUUAACUCAUUGCUUCAGCAUGGGUGUCUUGCAGGUCCAGCGCUAGAUAGUGGCUUCUAUUAUUUGAUUGAUCCACGUAUAACGGAACGUGCUUUCAUUGAACAUGCUUUAGAGAAAAUGUAUCAUUUAAAGGAAUUCUGCUUUGACCCUUCAAAGUGGAUGAUUGAUCAGUACAGAAAGUAUCGUGCAUCACAGCAUCCUUUCCAGUCGCCAUCCCUAUCCUUAGAUAAUGGCUUGGUAUAUGUUCGCAGGGUUCAGAUAACCCCUUGUAAAGUUUAUUUCUGUGGCCCAGAGGUCAAUGUAUCCAAUCGUGUCCUUCGUCAUUUCCAUGAGUUCAUUGAUAACUUCCUGCGUGUUUCAUUUGUUGACGAGGAGUUGGAUAAACUGUUUCCAACAGUUUUAUCUCCUCGUAGAUCUUCUACUGAGCCGAGAAAAACUGAGAUCUAUACCAGAAUUCUUUCCAUUCUUAGAAAUGGAAUACUAAUUGGUGAUAAAAGGUUUGAAUUUCUAGCAUUCUCAUCAAGUCAAUUGCGGGAGAAUUCUUUAUGGAUGUUUGCUCCUACAAGAUGUGGACUUAAUGCUACUGCCAUUAGAAAGUGGAUGGGGAACUUCUGCAGGAUUAGAAAUCUAGCUAAAUAUGCUGCUAGACUGGGUCAAUCUUUUGGUUCAUCUACUGAAACGUCAAGUGUUGGCCGGCAUGAAAUUGAGAUUAUUCCUGAUGUGGUGGUUGAACAUGGUGGAAUUGACUAUGCUUUCUCUGAUGGGAUUGGGAAGAUAUCUGCUAAAUUCGCCAGGCAAGUAGCUAUAAAAUGUGGCUAUAAAUCCACUCCAUCUGCCUUUCAGAUUAGAUAUGGUGGAUACAAAGGAGUUGUGGCUGUUGACCCUACAUCAUCAGUGAAAUUAUCACUGCGUCGGAGCAUGCUCAAGUAUGAAUCAGAUAAUACAAAACUAGAUGUCUUGGCAUGUAGUAAAUUUCAGCCUUGUUAUCUAAAUCGGCAGAUAAUCACUCUCUUGUCUACUCUUGGUGUCAAGGAUCAUGUCUUUGAGAAAAAACAAAAGGAAGCUAUAAACCAACUGAACUCAUUACUGACAGAUUCUUUAAAGGCACAGGAGACUCUGAACAUGAUGUCUGCUGGGGAGAUAUCUAAUAUUCUGAAGGAGAUGCUCAUUUGCGGUUAUAAGCCUGAUACUGAACCUUUUCUUUCAAUGAUGCUGCAAACAUUCAGGGCAUUAAAACUAUUGGAAUUGCGACGCAAAACUAGAAUUUUUGUUCCAAAUGGAAGAGCGAUGAUGGGAUGUCUAGAUGAAACAAGAACCUUGGAAUAUGGUCAAGUAUUUGUGCAAUAUUCUGAUAACAGGUUCAUGCCACUGUCUGAUGGUUCCGUUGCACAUGGCUCUAAGAGAUCUCAUAUAGUCAAAGGUAAGGUGGUGGUUGCAAAAAACCCAUGCUUGCAUCCAGGUGAUGUGCGUGUUUUGAAGGCUGUUAAUGUGCCAGCUCUUCAUCACAUGGUUGAUUGUGUUGUUUUCCCUCAAAAAGGAUCCAGACCUCACCCUAAUGAGUGCUCGGGAAGUGAUCUAGAUGGAGACAUCUACUUUGUUUGCUGGGACCCUGAAUUAAUUCCACUGCAGCAAAUCGUGCCAAUGGAUUAUACUCCAGCCCAAAUUAUACAAUUAGAUCAUAAUGUCACGAUAGAGGAGGUUGAGGAAUACUUUGCGAAUUCUCUAGUGAAUGACAAUCUUGGAAUGAUUGCAAAUGCCCACACUGUCUUCGCAGAUAGAAACCCCAAUAAGGCAAUGGCUGAACAAUGCAUUCAGCUUGCUAAGCUACAUUCAAUUGCCGUUGACUUUCCAAAAACCGGCAUCCCAGCUCUUAUACCUCGUGAACUAUCAGUUAAGGAAUACCCAGACUUCAUGGAGAAACCUGAUAAACCCACCUAUAAAUCAGUGAAUGUGAUCGGAAAGCUUUUUAGGGAAGUGAAAGAAAUUGCACCAGAAGCUAACUCUACUCCAGCUUUUACUUUGGAAAUGGCUAGAAAGUCUUAUGACUCUGAUAUGGAAGUUGAUGGCUUUAUGGAGUAUGUUGGUGAUGCUUCCAAUUACAAAAGCAACUAUGACUUUAAGUUGGGGAAUUUGAUGGAUUACUAUGGAAUCAAGACCGAGGCUGAAAUCCUGAGUGCGAAUCGUAUGAGAAUGUCCAAAUCUUCUACCAAAAGAAGGGAUUCAGAAGUAGAAGCAAUUACUAUGGCUGUGAGGUCCCUAAGAAAAGAAGCUAGGGCCUGGUUUAACAGCCGUGGAAGUGCAGAAGAUUAUGAGGAGGACGAUCUGAAAGCAAAAGCAUCUGCGUGGUACUAUGUUACUUAUCAUCCAAGUUACUGGGGUUGCUACAAUGAAGGUUUGAAUAGAGAUCACUUUCUGAGCUUUGCAUGGUGUGUCUAUGAUAAGCUUAUCACCAUCAAGAGGGAGAAAGCCAGCAUUAGUCUCUUUCAACCGUCUUUCUUGGAAUGCAGGUUUAGCAGUGGGUUACAUUUGUAUUGACAACCUAAACUUGUGCAUUGUAUCUCAUGGAACCUGCAGUAUUAACUGCAGUGUUCAUAUAAGUUAUGUAGCAAGGUGUGAAUAGGACUCGAACGUCACCUUAAGUGGGUACUUGACUCACUUGAGUAUCUUCUAUAUGUAUACUAUAUGUCUGUACUUGGGUCUAGUGGAUGAAGACAAGUUGUUGAUGCAAAUAUAUAUGGCAUGUGGUUUUCUUUCUA